CUCACUCUCUCUGCUUGUGAAGUGUCGCCAUACAAAACCGAACGCCCGGAGCCCUAAAGCCGCGUCUGCCGCCGCCUGAUCCGUCUCCUCCCGUCUCUCGCCUGGGAAGACGCGUGCUGAGAGAUCCUUGGUCCUAGUUAGGGUUUCGGCCGAUCCGAUCUCGCUGUAGGGUUUGAUGGCGUCGGAGGAUGUGGUGGGGAAGAGCACGGGGGAUUCGGCGGUGACGACGAUCGUGAACCUUGCCGAGGAGGCGAAGCUCGCGAGGGAGGGCGUCAAGGCUCCCGGGCACGCGAUCCUCAGCAUCUGCAAGUCCCUCGUCGCCGGAGGCGUCGCGGGAGGAGUAUCAAGGACAGCUGUUGCUCCACUUGAGAGGUUAAAAAUCUUGCUUCAGGUUCAAAAUCCUCAUAGCAUUCAGUAUAAUGGAACUAUCCAAGGCCUUAAGUAUAUAUGGAAGUCUGAGGGUUUUCGAGGACUAUUUAGAGGAAAUGGUACCAACUGUGCACGGAUUGUCCCCAACUCAGCAGUCAAGUUCUUUAGCUAUGAACAAGCAUCAAGUGGAAUUUUAUGGCUUUACCGUCGGCAGUCUGGCAAUGAAGAUGCUCAAAUCACUCCUGUACUACGUCUUGGUGCUGGAGCAUGUGCUGGAAUUAUUGCUAUGUCUGCUACUUAUCCAAUGGACAUGGUCCGUGGAAGAAUUACAGUUCAGACUGAAAAGUCACCUUACCAGUACAGAGGGAUGUUUAAUGCAUUGGGCACUGUUUACCGUGAAGAAGGUUUUCGUGCUUUGUACAAAGGGUGGCUUCCAUCUGUCAUAGGAGUAAUUCCUUAUGUAGGCCUCAAUUUUGCUGUUUAUGAAUCACUGAAGGAUUGGUUAGUUAAAUCUAAACCAUAUGGUCUUGUUGAAGACUCAGAGUUGAGUGUUGUCACAAGGCUUGCAUGUGGCGCCGUAGCUGGAACCAUUGGCCAGACUGUUGCCUACCCUCUUGAUGUCAUACGCAGAAGAAUGCAGAUGGUGGGUUGGAAGGAUGCUGCCUCAGUCGUGACAGGUGAAGGGAGGAGCAAAGCUCCUUUGGAAUAUGCCGGAAUGAUUGAUGCAUUCAGGAAAACAGUGCACCAUGAGGGCUUCGGGGCCUUGUACAAGGGUCUUGUCCCCAAUUCAGUAAAGGUGGUACCAUCCAUUGCGAUUGCCUUUGUGACAUAUGAGGUCGUGAAGGAUAUUCUCGGAGUAGAAAUGAGAAUAUCUGACUGAAAGCCAGAAAUAAGGUUGAAAUGCAGCUUUUCUUUUGUAGGUUUUGUAGGGUUCCUUCAAAGGUAGGAUAUAUAAAUAUAUUCCACAUUCAACCCUCACCCCGUGUUGAUGAUAUCCAGCUAUUGCUUUUGAUAACACUGCUGGACAUGUAGCAUUCCUCCUAAUAUCCAAAUAAAUGGAGAGAACAUGUAACUCUCAAGCAAUAUAUGAAGCAUUUUCUUUUGAA